AAAUGUUUCGCCAAACGCUCUGUAGACAGGCUCGCUCUGCGCUUUCUCGGUCAUCGACACCACGUCCUGUCCUGACACGAGCUACGCCAUCAAUAACGCGAGUGAUCCCAGCAGUUUCUGUGACUCGCUCUAGUCCGAGUCGAUGCCUGCACUCGACGCCUCGCCUCCUCGACCGGUCGUUCACCAACAUUCUGGCAGACGACACGCCCCCACCAGUUCAAGUCUCAUCCAUCUCAGAGGAUGGAAUACAAUUGGAAGAUGGGCUGCAGAUUUCUGGACCUACAAUCUUCCUAGAGGGACGGGUAUUCUUGUGGGACGUCCCACCCGUUGGCGAGGGCAAGGAUAGGUGGAAGGGGUGGACGGAGGAGCAUUUCGAGUUGUUUGAUACUGUUGUUCCUGCACCUGAAAUCCUGCUGUUUGGAACUGGGAAGCGUAUCCUACCGCCUCCACCAUUCCUUCGGACAUACCUCAACCAAAAGGGUGUCCAACUGGAUAUUGUUGAUACCAGAAACGCUUGUUCGACGUACAACCUGCUCUCGGAAGAGGGUCGGCGCGUCGCUGCGGCUUUACUACCUCCAACCUACCAAUCCUGGCAAAAAUCUUCACUACCAGGAACUUCUACCUCUGCAUGAGUACAUAUCCUCGAUCCUAGUCCCCGCUCCACUCACCUCCCACACUUCACGAUUCAACGACUCCGAUCAUCCACACCGAGGCCAUGACAAUAUCCCUGUUGAAUGUCCAGCAGGAACAUUUAUUAAACUCUCCUAUCGGUACAGUAAAAUGACCGUACCGCGCGCUUUCAGAAUCACAUUGGCCAGCUGACCAGUAGUAAUCUACACUACACUGCUGAAUUCAUUCCACCAACCCGAACAUUACUUGUCAGAAGGCGUCUCUC